UCCAACAAAUCCCCAAAGAGAAAGCAGAGAGUUUCAAAAUCUGAGCCAAAGUCAUGGCUCAAAGACACAUCCCUUUAUUUUUUUGGACAGUCACCUUUCAUGACAGAACAUAAAGUUUAAAAGAAGCAUUAAAGCACUGUGAUUCCAUUACUCACCGAAUCUCUCUUCUGUCCUUUUUUCUUUCUCAUCCCCACCCCCAUUUUCUCUCCUUUCCCAUUUCUUGAUAUUAAUUUGUUGUCUUAACUUCUUCUUUCUCUCGUGAUUCUCCGGAUGCAAACCCGCAGAUUCAAACUGACAACAACAAGGUUCUAUCGCCGAUGGAGGCUAGGCUACUGACUAACCCCACUUUUUACAACUGGCCAAGACUUAGUCUCGCGCAUUAUUCUACACCUGUCACGUAUCUACCCGGUAAAUCAAGAUUUGGACUACCUGGCUCUCUUUCAUUCCGUCUCUCCCCAGCAACACCGAUCCGAUGCUCGAGGAGGGGGCUACGGGUGGAUGCGAGUGAGAGCUUGACACUUGAUAGCAUAAGACAUUCUUUGAUUCGUCAAGAGGACAGCAUUAUCUUCAACCUUCUUGAGCGAGCUCAGUAUCGUUACAACGCUAACACAUAUGACGAAGAUUCUUUUACUAUGGAAGGGGGAUCUUUGGUCGAGUUUAUGAUCAGAGAAACCGAACAGCUUCACGCUAAGGUGGACAGGUACAAAAGUCCAGAUGAACAUCCCUUCUUCCCACAAUGCUUGCCUGAGCCAGUCCUUCCCCCUAUUCAAUACCCACAGGUUCUACAUCAUUGCGCCGAUUCGAUAAACAUCAACAAGAAGGUGUGGAACAUGUAUUUCAAACACAUUCUUCCCAGACUGGUCAAGCCAGGGGACGAUGGUAAUAGUGGUUCAUCUGCUCUCUGUGACACAAUAUGUUUACAGAUACUUUCAAAGAGAAUUCACUAUGGUAAAUUUGUUGCUGAAGCCAAGUUUCGUGAAGAUCCAGCUACAUAUGAAACAGCCAUCCGAGAACAAGACCGGACACAACUGUUGGGACUUCUGACGUAUGAAACAGUUGAAGAGGUUAUCAAGAAAAGAGUUGAGGUCAAAGCCAAAAUUUUCGGUCAAGACAUAACAGUCAACGAUCCAGAAACUGGAGCUGCUGAUCCUUCAUAUAAAAUCAACCCUAGCUUAGUUGCUAAACUAUAUGGAGAAGGGAUCAUGCCGCUCACAAAGGAAGUCCAAAUUGAGUACUUGCUUAGGAGGCUGGAUUGAUGUUUAUCAAAGAAGAAGGAACCAUAUCAUUUGUAUUUGAUCUUAAUUUAUAAAAACUAUAAUGUGACAUAAGCACCGCAAGUUAGCUAGUUAAGUUGCCUGAUCAUCGAUUCUGCUAUCACCUCUUGGAGAAA